AUGGAAUCCAUUGCUUCUACCAUACUCAACAGCCUUAAUCGCAAAAUUGCAGGCUCACCGACAACCCCAUCUCCACCAAGCUUAAAAGGAAAGAAAGAACGCGAUUGUCAAUGUGAGGUUUGCGGGAAGACUUUCGGUCGCUCACCGACAACCCCAUCACCACCAAGCUCAAAAGGAAAGAAGGAACGCGAUUGUCAAUGUGAAGUUUGCGGGAAAACUUUCGGUCGUCAUUGGCUUCUGCAGGGGCAUCUUCGCACCCACAGUAUGUUAUUUUUUGGGAUGACUUCCUCAGAUAGACCUCAAUUUCACUUAAAUAGCUCCUUCCAGCUGGUGAGAAACCAUUCACCUGGUGAGAAGCCAUUCACGUGCAACAUUUGCGGCAAAGCAUUUGCGGAUAAAAGCAACCUUCGAGCUCAUAUACAAACCCAUAGUAGCGAGAAACCACACCAUUGUGCUCGCUGUGGCAAGCGCUUUGCACUGAAGUCGUACCUAAGCAAACACGAAGAAUCGGCUUGCUACCGUUCCACUUCUUCUGCGCCGUCGUCCGAGAAAUCGCUAUGCGAGAAACCGCACCACUGUGCUCGCUGUGGCAAGCGCUUUGCACUAAAGUCGUACCUAAGCAAACAUGAAGAAUCGGCUUGCUACCGUUCCACUUCUUCUGCGCCGUCGUCCGAGAAAUCGCUAUGUUCUCCAUUAAGUGUAUCGUCCUUAGUGUAA